AUCCGUGCAAAUAUUCCGUGCUAUCUGGAUGAUGUUUCAUGCGGACGUCCAUGUAGCAAAGAGCUACCAUGUGGUGUGCAUUAUUGCAAGCGAAUUUGCCAUCCCGGUCCAUGUUUGGCGAACAAUGCACCGUGUCAGCAGCCGUGUACUGUCCGGAGAUUCGGAGAGGCCUGUGAUCACAUCUGCGGCCUACCAUGCCAUGGCAACACACCGUGCCCCAAAAGGUUGAAG